CCCCUUUUCUUUUAUACAUCUCCAACAGAUAUACACAUACACAAAUAUAAACCAUGGCAACUGCAGAUAUUGGAUUAAUUGGAUUAGCCGUGAUGGGUCAAAACUUGAUCUUGAACAUGAACGACCACGGAUUUGUCGUAUGUGCAUAUAAUCGUACUCAAGCCAAAGUAGACCAUUUUUUAGCCAACGAAGCAAAAGACACUCAAAUCAUUGGUGCUACCUCCAUUGAGGACUUGUGUUCUAAAUUAAAGCGACCUCGUAAAGUCAUGAUGUUGGUGAAAGCAGGUUCAGCUGUCGAUAGCUUCAUUGAUCAACUUUUACCUUUCCUUGAACAAGGUGAUAUCAUUAUUGAUGGUGGUAACUCACAUUUCCCUGAUUCCGUACGUCGUGCCAAGACGUUGGCUGAGAAGGGUAUUCUCUUUGUCGGCUCGGGUGUUUCGGGUGGUGAGGAAGGCGCUCGUUUUGGUCCCUCUCUCAUGCCGGGUGGUAACCCUCAAGCUUGGCCCUUUAUCAAGCCUAUCUUUCAAGCUAUUGCUGCUAAAGCACCCGAUGGUGCUCCCUGUUGUGACUGGGUUGGUGAAGAAGGGUCUGGUCACUAUGUCAAGAUGGUUCAUAACGGCAUUGAGUACGGUGAUAUGCAAUUGAUCUGUGAAGUAUACCAAAUCAUGAAGGAAGGAUUAGGUAUGAGUUCAGAUGAGAUGGCAGAUACCUUUGAGGAAUGGAAUAAAGGUAAACUUGAUUCAUUCCUGAUUGAAAUUACGCGUGAUAUUCUUCGAUUCAAGGACGAGGAUGGUACAGCUCUCGUUGAAAAGAUUCGUGAUACGGCCGGUCAAAAGGGUACUGGUAAAUGGACAGGCAUUGAUUCUUUGGAUCGUGGUAUUCCCGUCUCAUUGAUUGGUGAGGCAGUAUAUGCUCGUUGCUUAUCUUCUUUGAAAGAUGAACGUACACGUGCUUCCAAGAUAUUGGUUGGUCCUACCUCACAAACUGCUGUAGAUAAGUCUGAAUUUUUAGAUGCCUUGGGUGAAGCUCUCUAUGCUGCCAAGAUUGUAUCUUAUGCUCAAGGAUUUAUGCUUAUGCGUCAAGCGGCCUCAGACUACGGCUGGAACUUAAAUUUUGCAGGUAUUGCUCUCAUGUGGCGUGGAGGAUGUAUUAUUCGCUCUGCUUUCCUUGGCAAAAUUAAGGAUGCUUAUACUGUGAACCCAUCCUUGGAGAACCUAUUGUUUGACCCCUUCUUUACAGAGGCAACGGCCACAGCACAAAGUGCUUGGAGAAAAGUGAUUGCAAUGGCUGUAACCCAAGGUAUCCCCACACCUGCACUCUCAACGUCCUUGAACUUUUAUGAUGGACUUCGACAUGAAAUGUUACCUGCCAAUCUUUUACAGGCUCAACGUGAUUAUUUUGGUGCACAUACCUAUGAACUCUUAUCUAACCCUGGUACGCAUAUUCACACCAAUUGGACCGGAAAAGGUGGUAAUGUUUCUUCUACCAACUAUGAUGCUUAAUAUGUUAUACCACCUCGGGGGGUAGUGGGGACACACACACACAUACACAUCUUCCCUUCUUUACAGGGAAAUAUUUUCUAUAACCGGACUUUUUUUUUUUGUGUAUCACCUCUCUCAAUAAAAAUUCUUUUUCUUGUGUUUCAUCCUUUC